AUUUGUUCAACAUUUUUUUUUUGCCUAUUCACUUGAUGUUUUUUUUCUGUAUUCAAUUGAAAUUCAAUAGAAAAGUGUUUCUUAAUCCAUCGUCUAAGUCGCACAUAAGGUAAAUUAUUAUCCCAGACGUAUUAUUAUUGUGUAAAUAAAAUAGAAUUGUCUACGAGAAUGUCUACGCGCAAAAAUUGAAUUUAAAACAAUGCACUGCUUUACGACGGGUAAAACUCUGUAUACAAUGAGAUAAGAUCACGACUGACGUUAUCGUUGUCGCCUGCCCAUAGCUUUGGCUGUUCAUAUGGACGCACCAGAGUAUUUACGUAGUUAUUUUUAGUAUUCUUCAAAUUUUGAUAGUGUACAUACCUUAUUAGAAUAAUCGUCGAUGUUUAAUUUCAACUCGAAUAGAACUAAUUCGGAUAACCGAUUACCGAAUCAUUUUUCUUUUGGAUUCUCGUCAUACAACACACCAUGGCGGUGCGCCGUAAACAUUGCUGUUAAACGUUUCUAUUGAUCUGAAUUCCUAAAUGCUGCCGAGUGCUUUUCUGUGUUAGCGGACGAAACUAGAGAUAUUGGAAGAAUUGAACAAAUGUCUGUAUGUUUGCGUUAUUAUGACCAAAAAGAUAAAAAAAUUCGAGAAGAUUUUUUAGAAUUUACACCGGCUGUUGAUCGUAGUGGAAAAGGACUAGCAACUUUGAUAAUGGGGUGUUUACAGAAGAACAGUAUACAUUGUCAAUUUUUAGUUGGACAAGGUUACGAUGGAGCCUCUGCCAUGAGUGGAUAUUUACAUGGUGCUCAAGAAUACAUAAAAAAAGAUUUUCCCAUGGCACUUUAUGUACAUUCCAGUGCUCACUCGCUCAAUCUAGCGUUGGCCAACGCCUGUUCAUUGCCCUCAAUAAGAAACUGUAUUAGCACCAUUCAAACUGUUGGAACAUUUUUUCGCUCAUCGGCUCAAAGAAGUGAAUUAUUGAGAACAACUAUUAUCGAAACUCUUUCAGAGACAAGGCAUACCACAUUAGUUGCAUUAUGUGAAACUCGUUGGGUUUAUAAGCAUGAAAGUGUCAUGCGGUUCAAAGAACUAUAUCCCGCUAUUAUUGUUGCAUUGGAAAAAUUGGAGUCAUCAAUAAAUAAAGAAACUGCUCAAAAGUCUUGUCAUUUAUUAAUCACAAUUAAAGACGCUAAAUUUGUUAUACCUCUCGUAAUAAUUGAAAAUAUUUUUUCGUAUACAUUGACAUUGUGUAAACAGCUACAGACAAUUAAUGCUGAUUUAGUUGAAGCAUGCAAUCAUGUUGAUGAUGUGUUAGCCGUAUUAGACGAAAUGAGAGAAAAUAACAAACAACAUUUUUCAGACCUGUUUUCUGUUGUUGCCAUCAUGUUGAAUAAAAAUAAAGAAGACAUUGUUUUGCCUCGUAUCGCUAAUAAACAAACACACCGUAGUAAUGUGUUUUCUCAUAGCUCUGAAGAGUAUUACAAUUUUAAUAUUUUUUUGCCAUUUCUCGACUAUAUCAGAUCACAGCUUUGUGAUAGAUUUCAAAAACACAAAUCUUUAAUAAGUUCAUUACAACAAAUCAUUCCAAGUAAAUGUAUAAUCGCUACCAAUGAAGAAAUAAACGAUUGUGUAAACUUUUAUUCUCAGAUAUUGAUUGAGCCUAAUGCUUUCAAAGCUGAAUUUGCAAUGUGGAAGACAAAGUGGCUAAAAGAAGGAUCUCGCCCAAAAACAGCAAUUGCAGGACUUGACAAUUGUAACCCUCUUUUAUUUCCUAACAUAAGGAAACUUCUACAAGUCUUAGUUACUAUGCCUAUGUCAACAGCGACACCAGAAAGAACAUUUUCAUCUUUAAAAAGAUUGAAAACGUAUCUCAGAAAUUCGACUGGUGAAACACGCCUCAAUGGAUUGGCUUUAAUGUCAGUUCACCGGGACAUCAAUGUUGAUCCAGAAGAGGUACUUACUCAGUUUUCAAAAUCAUCAAGAAAAAUAAUGUUACUUUAAAAUUAAUAAUCCUAUAAAUUGUCAAAUUAAAAAAUG